GAACACCUUCACACCUGCAUUUAAGCUAGCGGGGAGUCUCACUCCAGCACCUGAUCAACCCACCGAAGCCAGGACCCUCUGCAGUACUCUCGUCGGAGGCUGUCCUCUCCCGGAGGUGCGGCCCGGGGAGGGGCCAGGACCAGGAUCGUGCCCGGUACUGCCCAGUCUUUGUCUGCUGCCUCCGGAUGCACAGCGAUGGGGGAAUGGACCAUCUUGGAGAGGCUGCUGGAAGCCGCGGUGCAGCAGCACUCCACUAUGAUCGGGAGGAUCCUGUUGACUGUGGUGGUGAUCUUCCGGAUACUCAUUGUGGCCAUUGUGGGGGAGACGGUGUACGAUGAUGAGCAGACCAUGUUUGUAUGCAACACCCUGCAGCCCGGCUGUAACCAGGCCUGCUAUGACCGCGCCUUUCCCAUCUCCCAUAUACGUUACUGGGUCUUCCAGAUCAUAAUGGUGUGCACCCCCAGUCUCUGUUUCAUCACCUAUUCUGUGCACCAAUCGGCCAAGCAGCGAGAACGCCGGUACUCUACUGUCUUCCUAGCCCUGGACAGAGAUCCCACUGAGUCUAUAGGGGGACCUGGAGGAACUGGGGUUGGGGGCAGUGGUGGGAGCAAACGAGAAGAUAAGAAGUUACAAAAUGCCAUUGUCAAUGGGGUGCUGCAGAACACAGAGAACACCAGCAAGGAGACAGAACCAGAUUGCCUAGAGGUUAAAGAGCUGACUCCACACCCAUCAGGGCUGCGCACAGCAGCAAGGUCCAAACUCAGAAGACAGGAAGGUAUUUCCCGCUUCUACAUCAUCCAAGUGGUGUUUCGAAAUGCUCUGGAGAUUGGGUUUCUGGUGGGCCAAUACUUUCUAUAUGGCUUCAGUGUUCCAGGGUUGUAUGAGUGUAACCGAUACCCCUGCAUCAAGGAGGUGGAAUGUUAUGUGUCUAGACCUACUGAGAAGACAGUCUUUCUGGUGUUUAUGUUUGCUGUGAGUGGCAUUUGUGUGGUGCUCAACCUGGCUGAACUUAACCAUCUGGGAUGGCGCAAGAUCAAACUGGCUGUCCGAGGAGCCCAGGCCAAGAGAAAGUCGGUCUAUGAGAUACGUAACAAAGACCUGCCUCGAGUCAGUGUUCCAAAUUUCGGCAGGACUCAGUCCAGUGACUCUGCCUAUGUGUGAAAAGGCAGCUUUGGGGAAGGCCUGCUGGGUGGGAAGUAGCCCCAAGGCAGAUGAUGACUCGAGGGUAAACAGAUCUGCCCUCAUUUAUGUGAUGCUUGCUGUCAAGGUCUAGGAUACAGAUGUUCAAGGGUCUUCAUCAACAAAGAGAAAGAGUUAGAACUGUCAUCAUGUGUUACACCAUCGGUUCUACAGAGACAAAUUGGAUAGAGUGACAAGAUGACUGAGCUGGACUUCCUUGGGCCUUUCUCUCUAAUGGUCCUUCCUGCUUCUGACAAUAGUGGACUGGCAUAGCUGCCAAGCAAGACUUAGCUCUGCUGAGCUCUGUAUUCUGGUGAAUGGCAUGAGUCAAAUACUCAUUGAUAUAAAAUUUGUGACCCAUCUCAGCACAUCCCUUUAUCCUGGGCUGCAGAAAAAACAUCCCUGAGGAUCUUUCUCCCCCAUCAGCAUGCCCCUUUCCCUCAAACCCAGGAUAGCAUGCCAGCUUUUUCUCUUUCAUUGAUCUGGCCUUAUAUUAGCCCUAACACAGUUAUCUGCAAGCUAGAGGGAAUUACACAGGGUGCUUUUUGGAGACUGGCCAGGGCAGAGGUUUGCAGUAGAGCCCUGUAUGACUGGCUCUUAGUCAUUAUGAAAACCUUAGGAAUGUCUCAAUAUUUCCAAUUUUUUAACUCAAAUUGCACUGGUGCUGUUUAUUAGGGG